AUUACAUAAACGUUAACCUCAACAUUAGCACCAAACAAAAUCACUUUUGACUGAUUAGAUGUUACAAGGUUAUAUUAUAAUAACUGAGAUUUACAGGAGAUUUGUGUUUAUUUUGUUAUCUUCAGUAGAUUUGUGAAAAAUUAUGUAAAAGUCUUGAUGUAAACUAUGAAAGUCAAAACUUUCAUCAGGGGACUACGUAUUUUUUCUGCAGGGCCUGAUUUGGUCCACAGACUGCAGUUUGCCUACCACUCUGAUGUAGACUAACAAAACACUCCACAAAAAUACCUUUAACAGGUAGUCCCGCUUAUCAGAAACGUAGAAAGGCUAUAAACCAAAUGGCAUUCCCAAAUUUAUCAAUAAAUACCAUGAAUACAGGCGAUGUUUCUCACAAACUGAGGAAAACGGCCGCCAUUAUGGCUCAGAGUUGUACACGGAUACAGUAAAAGGGCGAUCCUGGUCAGAGCCAAAAUGGCGCAUUUUCCCUUUAAACAACCAACCAAUCGAAUUAAUGGAAUCUUUCUUCCAUCCAAUCACAAUCCACGUGGGGGCGGGACCUGCGGAGCUGGGAGGAUCUGUUUUGGGGUGUUUUGGAUCCGUGUAGCCAGGAAAUCUUGAGAGGGAGUUGUCGCACAGAGUCGCCGAGCGUUUUUCUCCGUCGAUUGGCACCGAUCGCCACCGCGCCAGCCGCAGCAAUGCCCGGGAUAGAGAAGCUGCCGAUAGAGGAGACGCUGGAGGACAGCCCACAGACUCGCUCUCUGCUGGGAGUGUUUGAGGAGGACACUGCAGCCAUCUCCAACUACUGUUCACAGCUCUAUCAGGCCAUGCAGAGGAUUUAUGAUGCACAGAAUGAGCUUAGUGCUGCAACACAUCUGACCUCCAGACUGCUGAAAGAGUACGACAAACAGCGUUUUCCUCUAGGGGGCGAUGAUGAGGUGAUGAGCUCCACCCUACAGCAGUUUGCUAAGGUCAUUGACGAGUUGAGUUCCUGUCAUGCUGUCUUGUCCACCCAGCUUGCAGAUGCCAUGAUGUUUCCUAUCACUCAGUUUAAAGAGAGAGACCUGAAGGAGAUCCUCACUCUGAAGGAAGUCUUCCAAAUAGCCAGUGAUGAUCAUGACACGGCCAUUAACAGAUACAGCCGCCUGUCCAAGAAGAGGGACAACGACAAGAUGCGGGCGGAGGCGGUGGAGGACGUCUACACCUCCCGCAAGAAACAGCACCAGACCAUGAUGCACUACUUCUGCUCACUGAACACACUACAGUACAAGAAGAAGACUGCUCUGCUGGAGCCGCUGCUGGGCUACAUGCAGGCCCAGAUCAGUUUUUUUAAGCUGGGAUCAGAAAAUCUCACCCAGCAGUGGGAGGACUUCCUGGGAACCAUAGGAACCAGCGUCCAGAAUGUGCGUCGGGAAAUGGAGGAGGAGGUCGGGCAGAUGCAGCAGACCAUCCAGCAGAUGGAGAUGUCAUGUGACCCGCUGUAUGCACCAUGUGACCCUGACCCCGCCCACUCACCUGUCUGCCGCAACCUGACCAGGAAGCAGGGCUACCUGCACAUUCGCAAUAAGACGGGCCUGGUGUCGUCAUCCUGGGAACGUCAGUACUUCUUCACUCAGGGAGGCAACCUGAUGCAGCAGGGCCGGGGCGAGGUGGCGGGUGGGCUGGUCACAGACCUUGACAACUCCUCCGUCAUGGCGGUGGACAGUGACGACCGCCGCUUCUGCUUCCAGGUCACUUCCUUCGACGGCAAGAAAGUUGUGACGCUACAGGCAGAGAGCAGGAAGGACUGCGAGGAGUGGAUCUCCACCAUCAACAACAUCUCCAAGAGGAUCUACCUGAGUGAGAACGCAGAGGAGCUGGCAGCCAGAGUGAACCAAUCAGCUAUCGAAGCUGUGACGCCAUCGCCGUCCUUCCAACAGAGACACGAGAGCAUGAGACCCAGCAGUAAGGGGCGUGCGGGCCGAGCGAGCAGUAUAAGCUCUGUGGGCUCCGAGCCGUCGCCUGCCCUUUCCGUGCUCUCAUUGGAUGCGCUGGUUGCCCCGGAUACACCCAUCCAGUUUGACAUAAUCUCCCCCGUCAGCGAGGAGAACUCAGGACAGAACAAGACGGCAGCACAGUCCGGCAGAAGGAGUAAUCCAUUCGGAGAGUCAGGAGACAGCACAUCAGAAGACAACGAAGACUCGAUCCUCCACCAGCUCUUCAUCGUUCGCUUCCUGGGCUCCAUGGAGGUCAGGACUACCGAGUCAGCGGACGUCAUCUCUGAGACCAUGAGGCAGAUCCUGGCAGCCAGAGCCAUCCACAACAUCUUCAGGAUGACGGAGUCUCACCUGCUGGUCACCUGCGACUGCCUCAAGCUCAUUGAUCCUCAGACACAAGUCACUCGACUCAGGUUUCCUCUCUCCAGCGUGGUUCAGUGCUCGUCCCAUCAGGACAACAAGAGGCUGUUUGGUUUUGUUCUGCACUCGGUGAGCGGGCGGUCCGACAGCCGAGCCGUCUGCUACAUCUUCGAGUCCAACAACGAUGGAGAGAAGAUCUGUGACAGUAUCGGACUAGCCAAGCAGAUAGCCUUCCACUCUGAGAUGGACCGUAAAGCAGUGGAGAAGAGGAAGGAGCAGGACAAGGCCAAAGAGAAACAGCAGGAGGAACUCAGCAAGCAGAAACAGAUAGAGAAGGAUCUAGAGGAGCAGAGCCGUUUGAUCGCCGCCUCGAGUCGUCCUGCUAACCCUCCAGCCUCUGACGGACAGUUCCUAGUGCUCAGUAACAGCCAAUCAGAGGACAGCGAUGCUGGGGAGGAAGGGAAGAAGAAGGGCGAGUCUGAAGCCUAACGACACGCAGAGGAUGCAUGUUUUCCCACCCAGGCAAGUCCCAGCUGGUACUGUUAAAGCAACAGCUCAGGAAUCAGAGGAGGGGAAGCACCACCCGCCCACCCGGGCUGCUUGGAGCUGAAAAACAUGUGUUCCCCUGCUGCUGGACUCUUAAAAAAAAAAAAAAAACGGAGGAUAAACAAAACGCAGCCUCGCUAUAAGAGGAGGAGGAGGAGGAGGAGGGUAGGCAUGGAAACGUGUCGUCAUGGACUCGUGUUUUACUCUGUGUGUAAAAACGCUGCUUUUUAUACUGGCUAUAUCCAGAAACUGACGCAAAUAUAGAUUAACCUGCAAGUUUUUUUUUUUUUGUUUUAUUUUAUAAAAAGAGCUAACAGCAAUUACAGAGGAUAUAAAGCAAAACAUCAUGUGAGGAGUAAUGAACCAGGAUCUGAAGGAGACACGUAAGAAGACACAGAAAUCAGAUUCAGACGGUGUCACAUCCCCUCUCUUAUGUUCUUUCAUUGGUCCAAGAAUUUAGGGUCAGCCACUAAGCCCCGCCUCCCGCUGCCGAUGCUCAAGGUCACUUGAGGGCAGGAGGCGACGGUUUCUCUCUGACCACUACGAGAUCUUGAAGGGCAACAUGACACCUCAGCUGUUUUCUCUAUCAGUGUUGUUGUUAAAACGUGUGAGAUAUGAUGUCGUAACACAAAAAGAGAAGAAAGGGAGAUUUUAAAAUCCUUCCUGUUAUGAUGUGUUCAUCAGCUGAUCAUUUUUAAAGCAUCUUACAGUAUUUCAGAUUUUUUUUUUUCUUUCCUUUCUCCUCACCAGUCAUUGGUUUAAAAUCAACCAGCUGAAUCAUCAUCACAGUGAACAUCAUGACUUUUAGUGUAUGAGUGGAAAAGUCUUGCAUCGCCACGUCACAACAGCAGCAUCAUGUUUGUUGUGAUUUAACCGACUCAAGCAAGUCUUAAAUAUCUCAAGAGAAACCACAUUCAGAUCUGAAACAUCAUCCAGUCAGCAUUGAUUUGGUGACUUGCAGGUCAAAAGACUGUCUAGCUGUCUGGGGUAAAAAUUUGGCCGAAUUUGGUUGAGAAAAUAAAGUUUUUCAGACGUUUAGUUGCCAAAAUGACUCAUACUAGCAGCAGGAUGUUAUUUAUCAGCUCCUUGUGAUGAGAUCUGAUAACUCUACGGUUAAAUUUAGGCACAAAAGCUGCUUGGUUAAGGUUAAGAAACCAUUUCAGUGACCAUAUUUCAACAUGUAGUUAUGAACUGCUUCACAGUGAGAUGCAGUCAUAAAAAUGCUGUUGAAACAACAAGCAAAAAUAACUUUUCCACUAAAUUCAGCCCAGUUUUUACCAGAAUUCUUGACUCAUUGACCAGGAAAUCAUUAAAUCAGCGCUACCUGAGUACGUUAUGCCUCAGAAACACAGAUAUUUGGCAGAAAUUACUGCAAAAACUAGUAUUGAAAACUUAAAAAAUAUUGACGAGCACCAGAUGUUUCUAUUAUCAUGGCAGUUAUGAAUGAAACACUGCAAACUCAGGAGGUCAGUAUGGGUCAAAUUCUGCUCAUCUGGGGUCAAAGGUCAGCUCUAUUUUAGCCACAGUGCAAAUAAUUUGGCCCCAACUCCUCUUUAAUCUAACAAGAACAUGAACCCGACUGUAAAAUGACGUCUUCAAUGACCUCCAGUGCCAACAUUAACUCGUUUCACAGUUCCUCUUAUUCCAUAUUUCUGUAUUUGUUGAGGUAAUUCUAGAAAAACAUAAAAUAUCUUGCGUUCUAAAUCACGUCAUGCCGUUUGUACGCAGUGUGUUAUUAGCAUGUUGUCAGGACCAGCGCCAACAUGGCUGCCACAGAGAAAUGUGACGGUCAAAGAAAACACAGCAGCAGACCAAGACGGAGUGAAAAUGUGAUUUUAAAAAAAAUUUUUUUUUUUGAAGGCUUUUACUCUAAAAUGAGAUGUCUGCAACUUUGGCUUCUGCCUCUUAGAAAACGAAUAGUUGCAUGAAAGUAAUGCUCAUUAACCAGAAUCUCAUACAGCUCAGCUCUGCUCCAACAGUUUGAAGAUUUUAGGCCUCAAAAGGAAGCCAAAGAUGCUUCGCUUGCAUUUCUUUGUCCAUUUUAGCUUUGUUGAAACGCUGGUCUGAUGUUGUGAAAAGUCAGAAAUUGACAAUCUCCUCACGUUUACCGUUAAAUAAUAAGUUUCAUAAAAAAAAAAAAAAGGAAGCUGUUCACAUUUUCCGCCAAAUGCCAGCACAUCAGAGUGUUCCUCUUCUUCUUUUUACACAUAUUUAUCUCUUGGUCAUUGUUUGGGGCCUUUUUAUGUUUUUCACAGUUUUUAUCCAUUAAUCUGCCUUUAUCCAGAGUGAUUAUCUGUAGAAAAACAACAGAAUAAGCUUCAGUUCCAAGAUUUUAGACAUUUAAAUGUAGGGAUGACAAAAUAUCAGAGGUCAAAGCCUCCUAACAACAGACAAAACCUCUUCAGUUGGCUGUCGGGGAAUCAGCGCGGUGAAGGCAUUUCUCGGUAUCUAAAUCAGAAAUUACUGAAGAUGAUUUUAUUUUUCUGUCGUUUUGUUUUGGGAGGAUGUUUUUUCUUGCUGUAACCCGGUGAAGGACUCGUGUUGAUGGAGCUGCACUUUACUGACGCAGAAAAGCACGACAGGAUUGAUAAUGUUGAACUGUAAAUAUGUUUAAGUGAUUGAUGUUCCAGUGUCAUAAAUAAUAAUAAUAAUAAAAAAAAAGGCUUUUCGGUGAUAAAUAAAGCACUAACUCCAC